AUGGUCCUCAUGAUUGGAGUAAGGAAGCUUUUGCACCUGGAAACGAGCCCCUAUUUGGAACAGCUCAACGCAAGGGAGCUCGCGUCAAUGCUUUACCGUGACAACCUUCGCCUCAAGCACGCUGCUCGGAAACGGCUGCAAGAUGAACUCGACUCUGCCAAACUGGCAGACGAGAUGCGGCAAGUGCAGGCAGACCGGGAAAGCGGACUACUCGAGCUCACGCCAGCUGCAAAUGACCCCCUGGCCAGAGCUCUGCUGUCCCACUUGCAAGAGGCCCCUGGUUUGGCUAGGAUGUCGGCUAACAAGCGUUACGAAUCAAUCGUUGUCCUGUGGCAUUCUCUUGAUUCUCUUGUUUCACAGGUCGGGCAGCGGGAUCAAGUCAUGUUCUCUAUGCCUGCGACUGUCUUUGGAGACAAGUGUCAGCCGGUGCAGCAGCUUGUGAGCCCACACCGGUCACUGGCUGAGCAGAAUAUCGGUGACAUGGAGUUGGAAGACGCUGACAGUGUCCUGGAUUCAACCGCCGUAGGCAGCAGCAGCGACGUGCUUGCCUUGCCCGGGCACGACAUUGUUCCCGCGGCACAUUUGUUUCAAGACGAUGCCGCUCGGCACUUUGCCAAAGGCUUGGAGCUUGCCCCAGCUUUUCGAGAUCAUUCGUUCUUCAGGAUUUCUUCUGGAGCCAUGGACAGGCAUGUGAUCACCGGCACGCCUCUGCGGCAGUUUGAUUUUAUGGUGCAGUGCUACUUACCUGUUGAGAUUGACCAGCGCGGUGAUGGUGAUCAGUGGGCAAUUCACUUGGCUCCCCUGGGAGCCCCAAUGGCACUGACCUUGAGGCAACACACUUUCGAUGUUCUUGCCGCAAGCCUACACGUGUGGGCCCUGGGCAAAGGCGUGAAGUUUUUACCUCGACCUGGGCAGGGGACGGCUCCGGCUUAUGAGCUGUUGACUGCUUUGCUGCAAGGAGGUGUGGCGCAGGCGCUGCCACACAAAUAUUUUUUCCUGCAAGAUGAUGAGCAGCGAGAUGCUUUUCGCCAGCUUCAAAUGAAGGGGCUGGCGUGUUUCACAGAUGAAGCCUCGGGCAGAAUUGCUUCCACAAGCCAUGCAACAGAAGGCCUUUGUGUGGCGCAGCUUUACAGUGGCCCGACACCCAUUUGUGAAUACAUGUCGAAAGCCCGUGCGCGGGGCCAGCUGGACGAAAACACUGUGUUUGAGUUGCUGCUGAUCCUCCUGCAAGGUGGUUGGCAGGAAGUUGGGAAGGCCUCAAAGAAACGCGUGGAUCCCUACGUUGUCGACGGGCCCAAAAUUGCGUACUACGACACAAGCUCUGCUACCAUCAGCCGGUUAUACUUGCGAUGUUUGAUCCAGGCAGAUGAGAUUUUCGCCAAAGGCGUGCGGGCAAUCCACCACUUCCAGCCCCAGUUGUACUACAGAUGUUUGUUGGAAUGCGACGCUGCGCAAGCAGCACGUACAGGCCCCAAUCUCAACACAACAGCUUACCGACGCCUACUGGGCUUGCCGACAGCAGGGGCAGCUCCAUCCCCUGCAGAAGAUGUAGGUCGGAGAGGUGGCCGCGGCUACUUCGGCCGCGGUCGCGGACAGAAGAGAAAGAAGCCCGAGACAGGCGACAACCGUGACGACCGCAUCCCGGAAAUGAUUAUGGACGAUGGCAACGAGAGUGCGGGUGCCGCAGAUGUACACGAAGGUGCUGCCGGUGUCUCCGCCCCCUGCAUAGGCGAUGUUGAUGAGUCCGACAGCGGGCGAAGCCCAUCCACUCCCGCUUCUGUCCGAGCGGAGGUUGCCAGGAGGAUUGCAGCAGGCGAUGUGUCUGGCCUGUCGUCAGACCACGACGAUGACGACGGUGCACCCGCGCCGUCUGCGCGGGCUCCGGAGCCCCCACGGGCCAAACAGCGACGGCGACAGUCAGCUGAGGUUGCGGCAGGGCCUUCGAGCAGCCUUUACGAUCCCAGUACCAUACACAUUGGCCCGUUCGCCAUCGUCAGAAGACACAUCCAUGGGGUGCCGGCAAUGUUCGUUAAUUGCCCAAUCCACACCUACAAAGAUUCUGACGGCACCGUACACCGAUGCUCUAAGAGCAUGCAACUCAACCAACCAGAUGAAGCCACUGUGAUAAAGCGCCUCCACCAAUGGGUGUAUGCAGGAACGCAAAUGGUCCCAGCGCCAGCCGAGACUGAGGAGGAGCUUCGCUUACGACACGUGCGAACGGUUCCCUCUCGCGAUCCAGCGGAUCUUGGUGAUCAAGCCGAGCUUGCUGCUCAUGUCGUGGAGUACUGUCGGCGCAGUGAGUGGCAGGGUGCUCUGCAGCUCCUCGCAGAGUUUUCCAGCCAUCUUCUUCGCACGGAUGCCGUGAGCUUCAGUGGUGCCAUCAGUGCGUGCGAGCGGCGUAGCUACUGGCGGGUUGCUUUGGACUUGCUGUCCCUCGAAGAUGGAGCACCGAGCUUUGGCGCCUUCAGCUGCACCAGCAGCAUCGCUGCCUGCGCGAAGUCGGAGAUGUGGCAUCAGGCUGUCGCCAUCUUCAAUCGGAUUUCGGCCUCCCGGAUGGUUCCAACCGUUGCUGUCGCAAACUCCCUCUUGCGUGCUUACGAGCGAAGUGCGCAAUGGCAGCCGGCGGUGAGUUUACUAAGCCGAGGAGCUUCUCAGAAAGAUGUCAUCAGUUACGGCACGAGCAUCAGCACCUUCGAGCGCCAGGGGCAGUGGCUACAAGCUCUUGAGGCUCUGAAAGGGAUGUCAUUGGAGCGCCUUCCUGCUGAUCUUAUAACCUACAAUGCGGCCAUGAGCUCCUGUGGUGGGCUGUCGUCAAGGUGGCAGCUCACCCUCUCCAUCUUCGGAAGCAUCGAGGAGCUUGGACUGCGCACCGAUGCAGUAAGCUACAGUGCUGCAGGCCGUGGGACCCUGGGACAGUGGCGAUGGGCGCUGCAGCUGCUGGGGUGUAUGAGAGUGGAGCUCCUCGAGGUAGACAUUAUUUGCCAUGGCACUGUCAUGAGCAUUUGUGAGAAAGCCGCUCCAUGGCAGCGUGCUCUCCUGCUGUUCGACACGUCGUCGAGCUUAGCGAGGUCUACUGAUGCAGUCAGCUACAGCAGUGCUAUCAGUGCAUGUGCCAGGAGCAGUCAUAUGUCAGAGGCCCUUGCGGUCCUUGAGUCCAUGGAAGACGUCUUGCUAAGCCCCGAUCUGGUCUGCUACUGCGGGGCGAUGGCCGCCUGUGAGCGAGCAGGUGACUGGGAAAUGGCGCUGGCGGUUCUCUCUGCUAUGAUGGCUGCUCGGGUGAUGCCAGACACCAUCAGCUACAGCAGCCUCAUCAGCGCCUGCGAGAAAGCAGCAAACUGGCAACUGGCGGUUCAUUUCCUGGUCAUCAUGCACUCUGUGAACGUCGCGGCGAAUGUGAUAACUUUCAACGCUGCCAUCAGCGCAUGUGAGCAGCGAGGUCGAUGGCCGGUUGCUCUGGCACUUCUGUGCGCCCUCAACGAUCGCAUGCUGAAGCCAGACAUGGUGAGCCACAACAGCGCCUUGAGCAGCUGCGAAAAAGCUUCCCACUGGCAGACAGCCCUGCAGCUGUUCACAGUUCUCGCUCCGGGCAGCUUGCGGCCCAAC